ACAGCACUCUGCGGGCUGAUGGGAAAGUGGUGGUGUCAGAGAACCAGGAAGGGUGUGCCUGUCGGAGGCAGGAAGAAACAAGCGGAUCGCCUUGGAGAUUCAGCUGCAGCGGGCGAGCGGACCCCCCAGGCUUCAGGAUGUUCUUUACCUGUGGCCCCAAUGAGGCCAUGGUUGUCUCAGGUUUCUGCCGCAGUCCCCCUGUCAUGAUAGCUGGAGGACGCGUGUUUGUGAUGCCAUGUAUUCAGCAGAUCCAGAGGAUCUCACUGAAUACUCUGACCCUGAAUGUGAAGAGUGAAAAAGUAUACACCCGACACGGAGUCCCCAUCUCCGUCACUGGCAUUGCCCAGGUGAAGAUCCAGGGACAGAACAAGGAGAUGCUGGCAGCUGCUUGCCAGAUGUUCCUGGGCAAAUCAGAGCUCGAGAUUGCCCAGAUUGCUUUGGAGACGCUAGAGGGGCACCAGAGAGCCAUCAUGGCCCACAUGACCGUAGAGGAAAUAUACAAGGACCGGCAGAAGUUCUCCGAGCAGGUCUUCAAAGUUGCCUCCUCUGACCUGGUCAACAUGGGCAUCAGUGUGGUCAGCUACACCCUCAAAGACAUACACGAUGACCAGGAUUAUCUUCACUCUCUGGGGAAAGCUCGGACUGCUCAGGUGCAGAAGGAUGCCAGGAUUGGAGAAGCUGAAGCUAAGAGGGAUGCUGGCAUCAAGGAAGCAAAGGCCAAGCAGGAGAAAUUGUCUGCUCAGUACUUGAGUGAAACAGAAAUGGCCAAAGCCCAGCGGGACUACGAGCUGAAGAAGGCCACUUACGAUUACGAGGUGAACACGCGGAAAGCGGAGUCCGACCUGGCCUAUCAGCUCCAGGUAGCCAAGACGAAGCAAAAGAUCGAGGAGGAGAAGAUGCAGGUGCUGGUGGUGGAGCGAACCCAGCAGAUUCAGAUACAGGAGCAGGAGAUGAUCCGUAAGGAGCGCGAGCUGGAGGCGAAGGUCAAGAAGCCCGCCGAGGCAGAGCGCUUCCGGCUGGAGAAACUGGCGGAGGCUGAGAGGACACAGCUGAUCAUGCAGGCGGAGGCUGAAGCAGAGGCCAUCCGGGUGAAGGGUGAGGCUGAGGCCUUCGCUAUUGAGGCCAAGGCCCGGGCUGAUGCCGAGCAGAUGUCUAAGAAGGCUGAGGCCUUCCAGCAGUACCAGGAAGUAGCCAUGGUUGACAUGCUUCUGGAGAAGAUUCCAGAGAUGGCCGACGAGAUCAGCAAGCCCCUGACUUCAGUGAAGAAGAUCACCAUGGUAUCGAGCGGACCUGGGGACAUGGGGGCUGCCAAGAUAACUGGGGAGGUGCUGGAAAUCAUGACCAGGCUGCCUGACACCGUGGAGAAACUCACUGGCGUUAGCAUCUCUCAGCAGUUGAAUCAGCAGAAGCCAAGGCGGAUGAACUGAAUGCGGAAGACUUGCGGAGGGGGAGGGAGAGGGGGAAACCCUUCCCGAACAUGACCCUCGUCAUCUGUAUGUGUCCCAUAUAUAGAGUUCUUCCCCAUCCUGAGCCCUCCUGUAAUCGCAAAACCUUUAAUGGACUCGGAACUGUUGCAUGUUGGCCAACAAUCCUUGAAACUGCUGAGGUCUGUCACCCUGCCUGUCUCCCAGUGUCAACCCCAACGUGUACCUUGUAAGCACCCCGGCACCCAUUAUCGCUUGUCACGCCGUGCUUCUGUUGCUCUCG